GCAUGGAGUGGAGUUACCUGUUGGAAAUCACCUCGCUGCUCGCCGCCCUGUCCCUGCUGCAGCGCGCCGGCUGCGCCGCCGCCUCGGCCGCAGCCGCCGCGUCCUCCUCCUCCUCCUCUUCGGCAAAGGAGCUGUCGUGCCAGGAGAUCACCGUGCCCCUCUGCAAAGGCAUCGGCUACAACUACACCUACAUGCCCAACCAGUUCAACCACGACACGCAGGACGAGGCCGGGCUGGAGGUGCACCAGUUCUGGCCGCUGGUGGAGAUCCAGUGCUCCAGCGACCUGCGCUUCUUCCUCUGCAGCAUGUACACCCCCAUCUGCCUGGAGGACUACAAGAAGCCGCUGCCGCCCUGCCGCAGCGUCUGCGAGCGGGCCAAGGCCGGCUGCGCCCCGCUCAUGCGCCAGUACGGCUUCGCCUGGCCCGACAGGAUGCGCUGCGACCGCCUCCCCGAGCAGGGCAGCCCGGACACGCUCUGCAUGGACUACAACCGCACGGACCUCACCACGGCCGCGCCGCCGCCCGCCAAGCCCCCGCUCCGCGGCUCCAAGCCCGGCCCCCCCGCCAAGGCGCCCCCCGCCGCCGCCGCCCCGCCGGCCGAGGCUCCGCGCAAGCCGCGGCCGCCGCCGCCCUGCGAACCGGGCUGCCAGUGCCGGGCGCCCAUGGUGUCGGUGUCCAGCGAGCGGCACCCGCUCUACAACCGCGUCAAGACGGGGCAGAUCGCCAACUGCGCCCUGCCCUGCCACAACCCCUACUUCAGCCCCGACGAGCGCGCCUUCACCGCCUUCUGGAUCGGGCUCUGGUCCGUGCUCUGCUUCCUCUCCACCUUCGCCACCGUCUCCACCUUCCUCAUCGACAUGGAGCGCUUCAAGUACCCCGAGCGCCCCAUCAUCUUCCUGGCCGCCUGCUACCUCUUCGUGUCCCUCGGCUACCUGGUGCGGCUGGUGGCGGGGCACGAGAAGGCGGCGUGCAGCCGGGCGGGCGGCGCGGCCGAGCUGCAGCCGGAGCUGGCGGUGGCCGAGCACGUGCGGUACGAGAGCACCGGCCCGGCGCUGUGCACCGUGGUCUUCCUGCUCGUCUACUUCUUCGGCAUGGCCAGCUCCAUCUGGUGGGUCAUCCUGUCCCUCACCUGGUUCCUGGCGGCAGGCAUGAAGUGGGGCAACGAGGCCAUCGCCGGCUACGCGCAGUAUUUCCACCUGGCCGCCUGGCUGCUCCCCAGCGUCAAGUCCAUCGCUGUGCUGGCGCUCAGUUCUGUGGACGGGGACCCCGUGGCUGGCAUCUGCUACGUGGGCAACCAGAGCCUGGAGAACUUACGGGGCUUCGUGCUGGCACCUCUGCUCAUCUACUUGGCCAUCGGCUCCAUGUUCCUGCUCGCUGGCUUCGUCUCGCUCUUCCGUAUCCGCAGCGUCAUCAAGCAGCAGGGUGGCCCCACCAAGACCCACAAGCUGGAGAAGCUGAUGAUACGCCUGGGACUCUUCACUGUGCUCUACACCGUGCCAGCUGCCAGCGUGGUCGCCUGCCUCUUCUACGAGCAGCACAACCGGCCCCGCUGGGAGGCCACGCACAACUGCCCCUGCCUGCGUGACCAGCAGCCCGACCAGGCCCGCCGCCCUGACUAUGCCGUCUUCAUGCUCAAGUACUUCAUGUGCCUGGUGGUGGGCAUCACUUCUGGCGUCUGGGUCUGGUCUGGCAAGACUCUGGAAUCCUGGAGGGCCCUCUGCACUCGCUGCUGCUGGGCCAGCAAAGGCGCUGCCGUGGCUGGGAGCGCAGGGGCAGGAGCAGGUGGACAGGCAGUAAUCACCACGGCAGGAGGACUUGGGGCCGGAGGUGGUGGCUCACUCUACAGCGAUGUCAGCACCGGCCUGACGUGGAGAUCAGGCACCGCCAGCUCUGUCUCCUAUCCCAAGCAGAUGCCCCUGUCUCAAGUGUGAGGAGGGGGAAAGAGGCCAAAGGUUAGGGAAUGAGGGACACUGGCCUGCCUAAAAUGCCUCCUCACUGUUUGGUGCCAUUAAUGAACCCCUAAUGGUCCUUAUUAGCCACAGCUUGUAUAGAACAAUGCAGCUGGCAGAGGCCCCAGGCUCCAACCCCCUCCUCCUUCCCCUCCAUUCAUAUGCAGGGAGCAUGUACUUCAAGGAGCCAGCUUAUUAUUUUGCUGGCAGAGGAGGGUAGAGGCUCACCCGUGUCUUGCAGAGGGCAAGGCACAGCAGCUUCUGAAUCACUCUGGACUAACAGCAGCUCUUUACUCGUGGGGAGAGAGGGUCUUCCUCCCCAUCCUGAGGUGGGAGUCUGCUGGGGACUGCAGGUUUUUGGGAUGUGGAUGACCAGGCAAAUGCCUUACAAUAUUGACUGAAUCAAAAAAAUGUCUUAAUUAUACACCCCAGCUAAAUACGGGUUUCCUACAUUAAAGGAUGUAUUUAUAUAAUUAUUUGUUACCUUGUACAGAUGUGUAAAAUAUGUAUAUAUCCAAAGCUAUACAGUCUGUAAAUUUUUUUGUAAAAAUUUAGAGGCUACCCCUGUAAGAGCAAAUAUGAGUAUUCUAUUUUGUCAAUAAAAUGACUUUUGAUAAAUGA